GCCAAGCCGAUACCGCGGCGCGUCGGAAGCAAACGCCGAGAAGGAAAAACAAAGCGCGCCCGGCGUUUACGAGGUCGCCCAGUGGAAAGCGUCCAAGCCAACGAGCGGCGGGGAGCAGGGUCAAACCGUUCGCGGCCGCACUGACGACUUCGCGAGCCUCGGUCUGUCCCCCGUCGGUUCGUUUGACUGGUGCUGCUGCUGGCGUCAGCGCGACGAUGCCUCGACUGCAGUUGCUCACGUGACCAACCCCGCCCCCUCGCUUGCGUGCACGUGCAAGCUCGACCGGCGCUCGUUCGCGCCAGCGCCGCAUGGACGAGCGUGAGCUACGUUACAGGGGAAUACCUCGGAACGCUGAGGACGGUACAGGAAUGAGGUCCCUUCAGAUGAGUUCCGGCUACACUGAUGACUUCCGGUUCGGUUCCAUGGUCAGCCGGAAAUACUGUUGCGCUUCCGGACUGGCCGUUUGCGUGCUCGGCGUCAUCUGUGGCGUCCUGCUGGGACACUUCGCCAUGCGCGGUGGCAGCACUUCCAAGUCUGACCAACACGGUAUGCCGGAGGCGGACACUGUCGGCCACAUUAGGAGUGUCGAAGGUGACGUCACCGCGUUUCUCAACAAGUACGACUACGAGACCACGCUGCGGACGUUCGUCGAAAUGCCGAAGCUGGGCGGCACAGAAGGCGAGAGGACCUCGGCGGAAUACGUGGCGAAAAUGUGGAAAACCCACGGCCUUGAAGACGUCCACCUGACUCCUUACAAGGCGUACUUCUCCCAUCCGGAUCCGGACCAUCACAGUCAGAUUUCCAUCAUUGACAGCCAAGGAAAAGUUGUGUAUUCGGUAACUAGACAGAAGACUGGCUCCAUAGAGCCCUACCUAGCGUAUUCUGCAAGCACCGGGAGUACACCUGUUGUGGCGGAAGUCGUCUACGCCAAUUACGGACGACCGGUAGACUUCGCUUACCUGCACAAGGCCGGCAUCAACGUCACCGGAAGGAUCGUCGUCAUCCGGUUCGGUCGCGUGUUUCGCGGCAACAAGGUGAAAGAAGCGGAGAAGCAGGGUGCCUCGGCGGUCAUCCUCUACCCCGACCCGGCAGACUACGCCCUGCAGCCACAGCGGCCGUUUCCGGAGUCCAUGUCCCUACCCGCCUCAGCAGUCGCCUCUGGAACGCUCUCGCUCGUUAACGGAGACCCCCUAACCCCCGUUUACCCAGCUACAGAGGACGCUUUCAGAAUACCUCUGAGGGAGGCGAACCUUCCUGGCAUCCCUGCAUUCACGGCGUCCUUCGAGGAAGCGGCCCAGAUACUGAGCCGCCUGGACGGACCGGCGUCACCGGAAGACUGGACAGGAGACCUGAACAUUGGCACAUACCGCCUUGGGCCCGGUUUCACUAAUGCCAAGGAAAUGAAACUGGAGGUUCAUCUCAAGAACGGCCUGGCAAUGACAUACAAUGUCAUCGGAAAAAUAACCGGAGUCGAAGAACCUGAGAAACUGGUUUUGGUGGGAAACCACCGCGAUGCUUGGACGCCCGGCGCGUUCGAUCCUGUCAGCGGAACCGUGGCGCUGAUGGCCAUCGCGGAAGCCUACGGGAAAAUGGCCAUGCAAGGUUGGAGGCCUCGUCGCACGCUUGUGUUUUGCAGCUGGGGCGCUGAAGAGUUUGGUCUGAUCGGUUCCCAGGAAUGGGUCGAGCAACAUCGCAUGCAACUGGACCACCAGGCCGUUGCAUACCUAAACGUGGACAUCGCCGUUCAGGGAAACGGUACCCUGGAAAUGUCCGCAAGUCCCUUGCUGGCCCACUUGAUCUGGGAAUCAACAAAGAAGCUUCCGAACCCUGACAAGGACGAAGUUGCCCGCGGUAGGACGUCGGUGUUCGACACCUGGCUCGCCAACUCACCAUCGUUCAAUAAUCCCGACACCGAGCCAAGGUUCCUGGACCUUGCAUCGGACAGCGACUACGCACCAUUCUACCAUGAACUUGGCAUUCCUAGCGUCGACAUUCGCUACGCUUGCCGUAAUCAGAGCUUCGACUCCUGCCUUCCUCUUUAUCACACAAUCUACGAGAACGAAAUGGCUUACAAGAUGGUCGACAAAGAGUUCUUGUUCCUCCGAGCUGUAACACAGUUGCUGGCCUCAGCAGCGCACCAGCUGGCGGUGCCGGCACUACUGCCCCACACGGUGCGGCCGUACGCGGCGGCACUAAACGAAAGCCUGGCCGAGCUGCGGGUUCUCUACGCCACGCACAUCGAGGACCAACGAAUCGACGUGGGGCCACUAGUUUCGGCUGUGGAGAGCUUCUCGAAAGCAGCAGACGCUGUCGAGCAGGAGAGACACAACAGCAAAACUUUCAGAAACCUGAACAAUAAGCUGAUGCUUCUAGAACGAGCCUUCAUCGACAGCCCGGGCAUCCUUGCAGGGAACAUGUACAGUAACCACACGUGGGGGAGCUACUCAAGCAAGCACGUCGUAUUUGGAGUCAGCUUCGAUGACGCCAACGUCGGCUCGCGGUUCACAGCCCUGAAGCGAGCCCUGGUCGACGCAUCGCCACUCGCAACGCCGCUGAUGGCCUCGUUGACUUACCGCAUCAGGGCGGCUGCAGACGUCCUCAAGGACUCGCUUUGAUGACACCUCGACGACAGACUCACGUCGCACACAGCAUGUUGCAUGCCUUGCAUUAAUUGUGGGCUGCCCAGAGAGACUUUAGAAUCGGCGCCCUUACACGAAUUGCAGCCGUGGUGGUUAGGCCUAUGCCGGCAAACAACGCCACCGUAAGAUUCUGUUUGGGUGAGGGUGCAGCGCGAAGAUUAAGCAAUUGCGUUGACAAUACAAGCACUUACACCACACUUGUUCUUGUCUCUCGUGCUUAAUUAAAGGUAACCUCGCUAUAACGAAAUGGCAUCUGGAUCAUUAGUUCGGUAUAUCCAAGAUUCGUUGUAACAGUAGAUAUAAAAAAUCUGCUACAACAAUUCGACAGUCUGUCUAGUGCAAAGAUGCUAAAUACAAAAACGCAUGCACUGUACAGAACGAAGUUUUUUUUUUACAGUGUCCAUGCACGAGAGGGCUUUUUCUACAUCAGCGGUUUCUUUAGCAGUUUCUUUCAAAUCAAGUGUAACCCAACCAAAGUUCGUAUUUAGCUCGCUAUAACCGAUAAUUCGCUAUAUCAGUGUUCGCUAUAACGAGGGUUGGCUGUACAACAGCGCGAGCUCUUGAAUGGAGCAGAAAACAAUAAACACAGACAUAGCUAAGCAACAAGAUUUACUGGAAAUACUUGAUGCACGCAAAAAAUAUAAAACUGUUGCUGAUCGAAACAAAGAAAGCCUGUCCUUUCUAAGCCCUUGUUUAUACUUCGCGUUGCACCCUCACUAUGACAAAUGACUAGCCCAAACAACUUCUUUGCUAAGUCGCACUUGGGACGAGAUGUACAGAAUCCCCCCAACUUCAUCACGCAUUUUUCGUCCUCAUGCUAUGUUUUGGCACGAAGACAUGUCGAUGGUGCCUUGAGGUGACCCCUGUCGCGUACAUGAAAUAUCACGACAGUCGGAUGUUGACGGAUUCGUUUCAUUUCAUUCAUUGUACGAGUCUCGCGAGCCCAGAAAAAAAAUUAUGAGCAUUCACUUGCUGCCGAUCAACUUCUUAGCACAGAAAUGCACGGUUUACUUAAAUGCACGUCAUAGGUGCGUGGAGAGUGUACUUAUUAAAAAAAAAGAGUUCAAAAGAAGUAGGUUUCAAAAGAAGGUGAUGUGAGAUGGGGCACAAAAUCGUGUUCUGUGUCUGUCGUUACAGCUUAAACAUUUUUCUUCAGGAAUUUUGGGACUCACGCGCCAUGCACACUUCUGUAACCAUACCCAGGUAUGAGGCAGGAAGGUAUGCUGAAAGUCGGUAGACACAUUGAGUACACUUCUGGCGCGAGAAGCAUAUCGCCGUCAGGCUACCGAGUCGAAUUUUUGUCCUCUUGAUACUUCGAGAAAGCGUGGGCCAUUGAAAUGGGUUUGUCCCUGUGAAAUAACUGACCACACUCAUGUUUGAAGCAGUUUGGUGAUGCUGUGCUGUUACAGUCUGUUUUACUGUACCAGAACACCAAGAUGUACGGGCCAGAACUGGACGGCGAAGUGACGAUGAAUGCGCUAUUUACCAACUUUUUUUAGCUGCUGGAAAAGACGCUCAGGUUUCCUUCUUGUCCUCAGUUUGUACUAUAUCUAGUUAACCUGCAGUCAUAAUUCAAACAGCACGCCAGAAACUGGUGCGCCAUGUGCACUUGCAGCAAAUGAUCUGCUGCCUUGCAACCGACUGGUUAUUGUGCUGUAAUAUUGCGAAAGUUAGAUAUCGCUAUAAGCACCGGUUCCACGUGUUCAACGACUGUAUAUACUGAUAGAAAUGUUCCUUUGCCCACGUUCGCUUCAAAAAUUUAGGUCGGCUAAAUGGUUGGCAGUAAUAUAAAGCCACCUACGCUAUCGCCUGCCUAGUUCUGGAACACCAGUGGGCCAACGGAAUCAAUACCCAUGUACCGACUAAUAAUUUUGCUUGUGCAAGAUGACACAAAGACACCCAGGUAUUUUAAAAACGACACCUCGUCUGCUGAAGUCUAUAUAGCCAUUUACCGUUUGUCCGUUUCUUGCACUUUGUGGCCAUGUUAAUUUCAGCAAAUCCGAACAAGCCCAAAAUCGCAUCCUAUUUGUCUACACUCUUUCAAACUACAGUACAGAAAAGGCGCAAGUCUUCUCUUUUGAUCAACUUCUCAAAAUUCCAGAAAUCUUGUCACCGUAACUAAGCGCCUUUCUUGUAAAGGAAGUGCGUCUGACUUGUGUGUGUUUUUGGAUCUCGUUUUUUUUUGUGCUUCAAAUAGACUGAGACGUUGUGUGCUUUUGAUAUUCCCGAAACGUCAGCCAGCCUUUUGUUUACCAUGUACAGUUUCUAUUUAGGCUGUACGUUUAUCUCGAUGUCUGUACGUCUUAUCGCUGUCACGUUUUUUUUUUCUUCUAUAUUUUCUUGUUUAGGAACUGAUGCAAAGUGAAAUAAAAUGUGUGACGCUGUUAA